AUGGCGGCGAUGGUGCUUUGGAUCCCGGGGUGCAGUUGAGAGCAAGAACUCCUGGCUAGGAGGACUCAAAACAUUCAGGUGCGAUUGCAGGACGAAGGUCUCGCGUCCCACCAUCAUGCUCCGAAGGCUUCUGGAUCGGCCCUGCACCCUGGCCCUCCUCAUCGGCUUCCAGUUCGCCUUCAUGGCAUAUUUCUCCUUCGGGGGCUUCCGGAACCUGGCCUCCAUCUUCGGGCAUGAUGCCAACCCGUCUUUCGACUAUUCCCGAACCCACGACGUCUACACUAAUCUCAGCCUCUUGCCUCAACAGCCCCGCCGUGGUAGCUCCACGAGGUCGCUCCCCUACUGCCCAGAGCGGUCGCCUUACCUCCUCGGCCCCCUGACGGUGAGCUUCAGCCAAGUGCCGACGCUGGAGCAAAUCCAGGAGAAGAACCCUGCGGUGGGCCUGGGGGGCAGGUACCGCCCUUCCGCCUGCGAGCCCCGCUCCCGGACGGCCGUCAUCAUUCCACACCGCAACCGGGAGACGCACCUCCGCUACUUACUGUACUACCUACACCCUUUCCUCCAGCGCCAGCAGCUGCAAUAUGGAAUCUAUGUCGUACAUCAGGCCGGCAACAGCACUUUCAACCGAGCCAAGCUGCUGAACGUGGGCGUGAAGGAGGCCAUGAAGGAUGAGGAGUGGAACUGCCUCUUCCUCCACGACGUAGACCUCAUCCCCGAGAACGACCACAACCUCUACGUCUGCGACUCCUGGAGCCCCAAGCACGUCUCCAUCGCCAUGAACAAGUUCGGCUACAACCUCCCGUAUUCGCAGUACUUUGGCGGCGUGUCGGCACUUACUCCAGACCAGUAUCUGAAAAUCAACGGCUUCCCCAACGAGUACUGGGGCUGGGGAGGCGAGGACGACGACAUCGCCACCAGGGUGCGCCUGGCCGGCAUGAAGAUCUUGCGACCUCCCGUCUCCGUCGGACACUACAAGAUGGUGCGGCACAAGGGCGACAAAGGCAACGAGGAGAACCCCCACAGGUUUGAUCUGCUGAUCCGGACCCACCGGGCCUGGACUCAGGAUGGCAUGAACUCCCUCACGUACUCGCUCCUCUCCAAGGAACUGCUGCCCCUUUACACGAACGUCACGGCCGACAUCGGCACCAAUCCGAGAGCCACCAAGGGCAGGAAGGGCUCCUUGCCCAGCCUCGGAGGGAGGAACUACCCAAGCGGCAGCAACCACGACUUCCGGCAGGAGAUGUUGCGCAAGACGCCCUUCGCCAAACUCUCCCAGGCUAUGGGUUGGGGGGAAGUGCCCUUUGGAACCAUCCAGGCCCUGCUGGACUCCGGAAAGAAGGCCCCGAAAUCGGAGAAACCCAAAACCAGCCCCAUCGACAGGAAGGAGGGGAACGGAUCGCCCAGCCCGACUGUCGGACACACACGCCGUGGAAUGCCUGCUCAGGCUGCUCCCAGCCCGGCAGUUCCAAAGCGAGCAGCAGAGCAUGCUGGGAAAGAGAAGCAGCCGCUUGGAUCUGGGCAAGCCAGCGUGGACCCUGCCGGAACCUCGCAUGAACGCACGGCCUCCGACUCGACGCCCCAGAAGCAGGCAAGCAAUCACACCGGGCCAAAGGCUGACGACUAGAGGGGACGAGUCCAAGACCACGGGCCCCAGGACCCGAAACGACAGCCGGACCUCGGUCUCUAGACCCAAUCGUAGGAGCUGCAUUACUGCUGUGGCCCAGAAGCCUUUGGGAGGCCCUAACUGGCAUUUGCCGGGUGGCCAGGCUGAGUUGCUGGCCUGAUGUGAACCCUGACUGGACAAUAGAGAGGCCGGGGUGGGGGUGGGCAAAGGGAGGAUGAAACACUCACUCCGUUUCACUGGGAAUACGCUCCACGUUUUGUUCCCUUACCAGCAGACUCCUCUCCUGAAGGCAGGAAGCUUUGGCCGUAGGCCAGAGGUUCCGCCUACCGUAGGCAAAAGAGUAGCCCUCGCUGCAGCGUGGAGGUCGCAUCCCAUUCCUGGGCCUUCGCAGGUCUAGAUAUACACUCCUAAGGGUAAUCACGUUGACUUGACGUUUGUGUGUUGGGGGGGGGGGGUACGAGCUAGAGAAAAGCCAGCUGUGCGUGAAUGAACGGGGGUAGGGGAACAACCCCCCCCUCUCCUUUGAUGGUGGCAGGUUCCACGCAAGCAAAGGUACGAGGCACCUGCAGGGGCGCCAGCCUCACGACUUGUGCUGUCCCAAAUUGGAAGCUGCUGCUGUGGCUUCAGGAACGCUCCUGACGUCCUCUGGGCUCCAUUGAGAAGACUGCGUGUGGGGUUCUGAACCUACCCCUGUGGCCUGGUGCUGCUAGAUAAUGUCAUAACUGCCAGGAGACUAAGCGUUAUCUUGCUUAGCCGGUCUGGCUCAUCUCUUUCCCCACCACCACCUUUUAAAAUACACUGUCCUGGGCCUUCGUUGACAGCAGGCUCUGUUAUUUACUUCUGGUAUUCCCCUCACCCUGCAAAAAACCCUUCUUGCAGGUCUGUUCAUGCCUGAGAGAAGGGGGCAUCACCCAGAGAGGAUCCUGGGAAGAAGAAACGCCCGGCUUCUUCCCUGGACCUGCACGAUCGGAGUGUCAAGCAGUGAACGUGCUGCCGCUCCAAGAGUGGUUUAACCAAGGGACUUGGGCCUGAGCUGGCGUUGGCUGUGCCCCCAUCCCAAGCCGUUUCCAGAGGGGCCCGGUUUGAGGCCAGAAGUCUAUUGAUUUAUUUUUGGGAGCCAAGCAAAAGCACUUUGCCAUGGAUUUAGCUGCAUUCUCUGGCUGAAUCGGGGCUUACCGUGUCCUCUUUGCUCUGGAGCAAUAACCUCCUCCCGAAAUGUUGGCCACUUUGUGCUGCAAUCCUAUUCUACCCCUACCACCGAAUCUUCCAGGCACUUUAGCGAUGCUCCUGGCUGGAAACAGGCCUCCGGGGACAGGCUUGAGGAGAGCGGGGAUGCGGCAGGCAGCGGAACGAGGUUUAUCACCGCCACUUCCUUUAGCUGCUGAAUGAAGUACUUUUGUAGAUCUCUUCCCCACCCCUUCAAAACACACAGGCCUGGACUUAAGCUGUAGCUCUAUUCCGUUGCACAGACCCCCUUUUGUCUUAGGGCUGGUCCCAGCCUGCAAUCUGCCCUCCUCCUCCAACUUCUUCCUUACCUUACGUGUGCGUCUCACAAUCUCUAGCUAUUGCCAAUGGUAUGUAGUAAUUUAUUCUAUUUAUGGAGUCCUCUCUUGCCGUAGAUGCCGCUGCCGCUGCCUUGUCCUCACGCCUCCCUUUUUUGAUAAACUGAUUUUUAA